AGUGUAGCCCCAGCAGUGCCACCUGUCAGUGUCCAUCAGUGCCUUGUGUCAGUGCUCAUCAGUGCCUCCAAUCAGUGCCAAUCAAUGCCACAUAUCAAUGACAAUCAGUGCAGCCUAACAGUGCCAGUGAGUGCCGCCUAUCAGUGCCUAUAUCAGUGCCAUGUAUCAGUGCUGCCUUUCAGUGCCCAUCAGUGAUGCCUGCCAAUGCCCAUCAGUGCCACCUACCAGUGCCUCAUCAGUGCCCAUCAGUGCCACCUAUCAGUG